AUGCUGUGUGACUUCAACGGGACGACCUUGAGCACAGUGCUGCCUCCACUGCUCAUCUCAGAGUUUCUCCUGGGAUCUCUGGGGAAUGGCCUGGCCCUCUGGAUCUUUUGCUUUUAUCUGAAGCCCUGGAAGAGCAGCACCGUGCUCCUCUUCAACCUGGCCAUGGCAGAUUUCCUGCUCAUCCUGGUGCUUCCUUUUCGGGCCAGUUACUACCUGUCCCAGCUGGAGUGGCGCUUCGGGACCUCCUUCUGUAACGUGUGUCUCUUCAUGCUGGCCAUGAACCGCAGCGGCAGCACCUUGUUCCUCAUGGCCAUCGCUCUGGACAGGUACAUGCGUGUGGUGCACCCCCAUCACCCCGUCAACUUCUUAAGCCUGUCCAAAGCCAUGUGUGGCGCGGGCGUGCUGUGGCUGCUGGCCAUCUCCAUGGCUGUUCACAUCUUUACCCUAAAACACAACAACACCACGUACUGCGAGAGCUUCAGAAUUGAUGUCGACCCAGAGCGGCAUAUCAGAUUUUCUUGGCAUAAAUUUGCCUUUUUGUUUUCCUUCUAUGUGCCCUUAGUGGUGAUCCUGUACUGCACUGUGAGCAUCACCACACACAUGAGGGGAAGGCAGAUUGCGCAACAGGCCAAGAUUAAAAAGGCCUUGUGUUUUAUCAUAGUGGUGGUGGUGCUCUUCAUCGUCUGCUUCCUCCCCAGUAACAUCACUCAGGUCAUCAUCUGGUUUGAGACAUACAGAGCCCAGAAGACUCUGCCUCCUGGGCAAAUUUGUCCAGAAAUGGAAAACCUCACCAUAGUCUUUUACAUCACCAUCAGCCUGACCUACCUGAACAGUGUGCUGGAUCCUCUGGUCUACUACUUCUCCAGCCCGGCCAUCAAGAACAUCUGCAGGAGAGCUCUGCGUCUGCCCCAGGCCUCGGAGACUGUGGAGAGCGCUGAGAAGAAGACCAGAGACACAGGCUCUCAGUCACUCAGCCAGCUCUAACCUGAGAGAAACAGAACAGACCCAUCCAAAAACCUUCACUCUAUUACCAACCAGGAUUUAAAAACUAGAGAUGAAUUGUGCAUCCUUACCAGUGUCUAAACUUAACUUUUUCCAAGAUUAAAUCAGCAACAAACCAGGACUAAAGCAGGACUAAAGCAGGACUAAAGCAGGACUAAAGCAGGACUAAAGCAGGACUAAACAAAGACUAAAUCAGGACUUAGCUCACAAGAUGUUAGUAGUGAUGUUUAAGGGGGUUAUUAGAUAAUAUUUAGUCAGCUUUACUAUAAAAUGGAUUUUGUUUUGUUACCUCCACCAAGGAGGUUAUGUUUUUGCCGGCGUUUGUCUGUUUGUUUGUUUGUUUGUCUGUUAGCAACAUAACUCAAAAAGUUAUGGACUGAUUUUGAUGAAAUUUUCAGGAUUUGUUGGAAAUGUGAAAAGGAAGAACUGAUUUCAUUUUGGGGGUGAUCCGGAAGAAAUCCUGGAUUCUGGAUCACUUUGAAAUUUUAGUUAACAUUGUGGUAAAUGGGGCCAAAAAUUUUGUUUCUCAAUAUCUCGGUUAAUUAUUGACCAAACCCCAUGAAAUUUGACUCAGGGAUGGACAAUGGGUUCCUCUUUCAUAUUCCAAAGGCUGAUCCGGAUCUGAUCCAGAAGACUGAUUUUAUCGCAAUUUAUAUAAAAAAUGGGGGUAGUCCUUGGCGGAGGUCUGCGCUCUCUGAGUGCUUUUCUAGUUUUUUAGUUAUACGCACUGGUUCUUUCAGCUUUCUGCACUUUACAUUGUAUUGAGAGCGGUUUUAGUCAUUUAAAAUGUGAAUAUCUCUAUGGACGUUGUUUGUAUAAUUUGUACCUAUAGCCACUGUAGCAGAAACCCAGACUUCUAUUUUUUUA